CAAUCAAAUGAGUUUGGGGGAGGGGGAAGCCCAAAGAUCACAGCCUUGUGAUGUAAUAAUGGUGACUGAACCAAUAAAACCCCACCCAAACAGACAGCUGGUGGUAACAGAGCCAAGAUAACCAACUCAGUAGGUUCAAAGGCCAUGGAUAAUACCGAAGAGUAUGAAGAAUCCGGAGGGUACCGAGAGUACCAAUGGUACAGAGGCUUUCAAAGUUAUCACGGGUACCUAAGGUACCUAGUAUUUGAAAGACAAGAUGGGCUUGAAGUAUUUGAAGUGUCUGAUGGAUAUGAAAGAUCUGAAGACAAAAUGUCUGAAAAGAGGGAACAAGUUUAUAUUUCAGAAGCAGAAGUUCCUGAGCCUGCAGAGGAAUUUGAGGAGGAAGAAGAGGAGGAGGUGGUGGAGGAGGAAGAAGAGGAAGAGGAGGAGGAGGAAGAGGAGGAGGAGGAGGAAGAGGAGAAGGAGGAGGAGGAGGAAGAGGAAUACUUCAAUGGGACAGUCAUCUUAGACAGUGAAGAGGCAAUUGACUUUCUGACCACAAAGAACAACCUUCCAGAAAAGAGCGAAAGCACAGCAUUUCUAGAUUCCAUAUUUGGUGAGUUGCCUCCGAAAUCCAUAAUCAAGGUAAAACUCCUCUUCGCAAAACCUGCAUAUCCAAAUCAAAGAGCAAAGUCCAACAAAAAGUGCUUCGAAUGUACUGAAGAAAAUGAAGAAAGAUGCUGAUUUAAGAAAGCCACAGCUGUACAUUCAACAUCAUCCACCUUACAAUUCUGGACAACUUGCUAGUGAAACUGUGUUUCACAUUCCUCCAUACCUUUAAAAUGAGGAUUAAAACCUGACAUCCUGACCUUAUGUAUUUUACCCAAUGUUUUGCUGAAAUAUAAUCUAAUCUAGCAAAGCUCUGUGUGUGUG